GCGGCUGAUGCUUGAAAACUUUCUGCACCUACUGUCAGAAAUAGUCUCAGGGAGUCUUAUGUGUGCUUGUUGUAACUCCUUACAAUCGUUGAAGUUUAGAGUAAAUAUAUUUUGUGCGCUAGUAAUAUAAUACAUCACUACCUGCGCUCAGUCUCCAAUUUUGAAACGGCCAUUGAGACGAAGACGACACGCGACCUGACUGUCGGUCCUACCUCUUCUCUCUCUCCACCCACUCUUGCUAUAAAACAACCGUGGUUCAUUCACAACCUAAGUUGUAAGAAAAGUAGAGACGGUAUAUCGGUAAACAUCAUUGGAAUGAACCGAAGCAUAGCAACGCUUUUAUUUUUGUCUCUGGGCAUACUAUUUGUCUGCGAAGGAGGCAACCCUUGCUGCUCUCAGCCAUGCCAAAACCGUGGCGUGUGUACGGCUAUAGACGGCAACAGCUACGAGUGCGACUGUACACGUACUGGAUUCUAUGGUCACAACUGCACACAACCGGAAUUCUUUACGUGGAUUAAAAUGUCUCUAAAGCCGACCCCCAACACAGUGCAUUACCUCCUCACGCACUACAAGGGCCUCUGGAACAUCAUUAACAGCAUUUCAUUCCUCAGGGACAGUAUCAUGAGAUAUGUUCUGACAGCUCGCUCCCAUAUGAUAGACAGCCCUCCAACCUUCAAUGCAGACUAUGAAUUAUAAAAGCUGGGAAGCUAUUCCAACCUCUCCUACUACACACGCACCCUCCCUCCUUUGCCUAAGGACUGUCCAACCCCUAUGGGAGUCGUAGGUAAGAAGGAGCUGCCUGAGGCAAAAGUGCUGGCAGAGAAGCUCCUGCUCAGAAGGAUGUUUAUCCCCGACCCUCAGGGCACCAGCCUGAUGUUUGCUUUCUUUGCCCAACACUUCACUCACCAGUUUUUCAAAUCUGACCAGAAGAUGGGUCCAGCCUUCACUAAGGCCAAGGGCCAUGGGGUGGACCUUGGUCACAUUUAUGGUGAAAACCUUGAGAAGCAACAUAAACUGCGACUCUUUCAAGGAUGGCCAAAAUUGAAAUUUCAGGUGUUGGAAGGAGAGGUGUACCCCCCGACGGUGGAGCAGGUUGGUGUGGACAUGCACUAUCCUCCCCAUGUUCCAGAAUCUCAACGAUUCGCUGUGGGCCAUGAGGCCUUUGGCCUGGUUCCUGGUCUCAUGAUGUAUGCUACCAUCUGGCUAAGAGAACAUAACCGCGUUUGUGAUGUCUUGAAGGAGGUCCACCCGGACUGGGAUGAUGAUAGGCUCUUUCAGACAUCUCGCCUCAUUCUUAUUGGUGAAACAAUCAAAAUUGUGAUUGAGGAUUAUGUACAGCACCUGAGUGGUUACCACUUCAAGCUUAAGUUCGACCCGGAGCUUCUCUUCAAAGAGCGUUUCCAGUAUCAGAACCGCAUUUCCUCAGAGUUUAACACCCUUUACCACUGGCACCCUCUGAUGCCAGAUGCAUUCCACAUCCAGGAGCAGGUCUACUCCUACCCUCAGUUUGUCUUCAACACCUCUGUAGUCACCACACACGGUAUCGCCAAUCUGGUGGAAUCCUUUACCAAGCAGAUAGCUGGACGGGUUGCCGGAGGUCGUAAUGUCCCUGCUGCUGUGCUGAUGGUGGCUCUGAAAUCCAUAGAGAACAGCAGACUGAUGCGCUACCAGUCCCUUAAUGCCUACAGGAAACGCUUCUCCAUGAAACCGUACACCUCAUUUGAAGAACUCACAGGGGAAAAGGAGAUGGCUGCAGUGUUGGAGGAGAUGUAUGGCCAUGUGGAUGCUGUGGAGCUCUACCCAGGUUUGCUGGUGGAGAAGCCCAGAACCAAUGGCAUAUUUGGGGAGACCAUGGUAGAGAUGGGUGCCUACUCCCUUAAAGGCCUGAUGGGAAAUCCUAUUUGCUCACCAGAGUACUGGAAGCCCAGCACCUUUGGUGGGAGUGUUGGCUUUAACAUUGUCAACACUGCAUCCCUACAGAGGCUGGUAUGCAACAACGUCAAGGGUCCCUGCCCUGUAGCAUCCUUUCAUGUGCGCAGUGUAAAGGACAGUGGCUCUAAUACCAUCAAUUCCAGUACGGCACAUUCUGGGAAUAAUGAUGUCAACCCCACUGUACUUCUGAAUGAAAGAAGCACUGAGCUCUGAUAAGACAUGAACUGAAAUUAUUUCUGGAAUUCAAAAUAGUUUUGCACAGGGGAGGGAAAAAUCUAUAGGUCAAUAUCCAAUCACAACACAAACAGUUAAGUUAUACUGUGAAACACCAUUCCACUAUUACUGAACUCAAAAAGUCUGUGUGGCACUUUUAAAUGUAUACAUUUUUUAUUUAUAUUUAAUAUUUAUUUUAUUUAUUUAAUGCUGGAAAUGUUGAGAUUUUUGUUUAAGUUUUAGACUGCCUUUGUUUUGACUUAACUGAAAGACCAAUUUGGUGUUUUAAAAAAAAAAAAAUGUACGCGCUUAUUUAAUAUGCAAUCUAUUUAUCAACCUCAAAGUUGACUAAACUUUGACAACCAAUACUUGAAUUUAACAGGUUUAGUUAAACCUGACUUUGUUCCAUUCUCUUAUAAUUGCAAGCACAAAUUACAUGCCACCUAACUGUACACAGGCUUUUCCACAGGUCAAAAGAAAUAUAGCCAGAUUGAUAAAAUACUGUACUUAACGCUAACAGCCGCAAGUUCUUUUGUGAGACUGUAACCUGUAGUACUUGUUGAGUUGAACAAUUCAACUAAAUUUUUUUGUUAAAUAAAACACUAAGAUAUACUUGA